AUGAGCGAUCAGGCAAAAAUCCCCCAUCCCCCAUCCCCCGCAUCAUUCAUACUUCAGACCAGCCCGGCUGACUGCUCUUGUCAGGAUACCAAAAUCUACAAACAUGCGGAUUCUGACGGCCACUUUCGGCGAAAGGACUCAGUGUUUCGCUCCUGGGUUUCUCGGGAUGCGUCAGCUGAAUUCCCUGCCGAAAAGAAUCGCUAUGUGCUAUACAUCAACUACGGCUGUCCAUGGGCCCACCGAGCAAACCUGGUGUACACGCUGAAGGGGCUUCAAAAUAUAGUUCAAGUGGCCGUCCUCGAUGCCGAACUGGGUCCGGAUGGGUGGUUCUUCUCCGGCCGCAAUGGAUCCCACGAGAAAGACCCGCUGUACGGCUUCAAAUACCUGAAGGAGCUCUACCUCAAAGCAAACCCCGAGUAUGAAGGACGGUACACCGUACCCACGCUAUGGGAUAAGCAGAAAGAAACCAUCGUCAACAAUGAAAGCAGCGAGAUCAUACGCAUGUUAUAUACCGAAUUUGACGAUCUUGUGCCUGAAAGCCUGCGCGAGGUGAAUCGCCCCGGUGGUGGAUUCUAUCCAGAGAACUUGAGGCCACAAAUCGAUGAGAUGAAUGCCUGGGUAUAUCCUCUGAUCAACAAUGGGGUCUACAAGACUGGAUUCGCCACUACCCAGGCGGCGUAUGAAGAGAAUCUCUUCCCGCUAUUCGAGGCGCUUGAUCGCAUCGAAGCACAUCUUGGCCAGCAUCAACCGUUCCUCCUUGGCGAGAACAUUACAGAGGCCGAUAUUCGUCUAUAUACGACUAUUGCACGCUUUGAUGUGGCGUACUAUUUGAUCUUCAAGUGUAACUUGAAGAUGAUCAGACACGACUACCCUAGGCUUGAUCGCUGGUACCGCAGGCUCUAUUAUGAUGAGUCGGAACUAACACGUGGGGCAUUCAAGAGCACAACCUUCUUUGACAUCUAUAAGUUUGGAUAUUGCGUGUCUCUCGGACGCAAGACUGGCAAUCAACAGCUUGUCAUUCCUGUUGGACCCAUCCCUGAUAUCUUGCCCCCUGAGGGAAAAUGA